AUGAACGACUCAGCUGUGGCUUGUAGGAGCCUUGUAUUCUACAAAGCAUUUCUCUUGCUCAGCUUCAUAUCCCAAAACCCUGUUACACUCUCUGGCCUUCAAACUAUUGCUAAUGGAGAAAAGCCUGAUCCAUUUAUUCUCAGAGGCAAUUUCGACCAUUUAAAACGUAACUUGAACUAUUUCCAGACGCCAGAGAUGCUGAGCAUAGUAAAGAGCUGUGCUGGCAGAGUUCCAUGCAAGAGAUGUGCAGGAAAAAAAGUCAAGUGUGUGCCUGUGAAUAAUCUGGAGGGUAUAUUCCUUUAUAGUACAAGACAAAAUGUACUUAAUGAAAAUGCGAGGAAUGCUGGCCUAUAUUCCUUCAAUAAUGGACAUCUGCUACAUAACAUAAAUCAAAAUCACGACUUCCCUGCUUUCCAGAACACUCCUAGAUUGAAUAACUUGAACCAGGAAUUGGAGUCAAAAGAGCAUCCUAGUCUGGGUGGAUUGAUGCAUCAGUGCUACCCAAUGUCACUGAAACGUCAUCUGGACCAUCUUCUGAAAGCAACUAUCCCUGCCAUUCUGGAUAUUGAGCAGAAAGAGAAGAGAAGGCUAGAGGAUACAUUUGGCUAG